GCCGUAUUUUCCUUCCUUUCUCGCCGUCUUCCUUCUCUUCUUUCCUUUCUUGUUGGCAGAGAGAGGAAGGGGACGGGUUCGCCGCCGUUCGCCCAACCCCUGCCACGCGCCAGCGGCGAUCUCCUACCUCCCGUCCCCUUCCCGGUCGCCGGCGGCGAUCAGCCGAUCAUCGGAGCGCCACCCUCCUAGCCAGUAGGGUUUUUUUUUCUUCCCGUCGGGGUGCGGCGGCAAGCCCCCCUCCCGAUCUACACAUAUAUCCGUCCGCGCCGCGUGCGUGCGGGCAACCGGCCCCGCUCAUAACCCAUCGGCCGAGGUCCUCCGCCCGGGGGCCUAGCACGACCAGACCCCCUCUUCUUCCUCCCCCGAAUCGCUCCGCCGGCCGCCUCUUGCUUGUUGCCCCCCCCCCCCCCCACACCAACUACCGUCCGUGCUGCUGUUCAAUCAUCUGUUCUGCUAGAUAAUGGUGUUUAUUCAUUGCCUUCUGGAACAAUAUGGGUUGGCUGACCAAAUUUUUUAGAGGUUCAACCCACAACAUCUCAGAAGGGCAAGAUCAAAGCAAACCGGCAGAAGAGACCGUAUGGAAUGAACCCUCCAGUUCCACUGCUGUGAAUUAUGCCCUUUCGGAAUUUGACAAUGAGGAUAUUGACCGUGCUAUAGCACUUUCUCUAUCAGAAGAGGAACAGAGAAAAUCGAAGGGAACAGGAAAGGAUCAGCAUUUAGAUGAGGAUGAGCAACUUGCAAGAGCUAUUCAGGAAAGUUUGAAUGUUGAAUCACCCCCUCGUGCUCGUGAAAAGAGCUCACACCCUCGUGCUCGUGAAAAUGGCAGUGCCAACGGUGGCAACUCAUAUCAGUUACCACUUAUGUUUUCUUCUGGAUUCAGGACAUGUGCUGGAUGUCACAGUGAAAUUGGCCAUGGGCGUUUCCUUAGUUGCAUGGGAGCUGUUUGGCACCCGGAAUGCUUUUGUUGCCAUGGUUGUAGUCAACCAAUUUAUGACUAUGAGUUCUCCAUGUCGGGAAACCAUCCAUACCAUAAAACUUGCUACAAGGAGCGCUUUCACCCAAAAUGUGAUGUCUGCCAGCAAUUUAUUCCUACAAAUACGAAUGGCCUGAUUGAAUAUAGGGCACACCCUUUCUGGUUACAAAAAUACUGUCCAUCACAUGAGGUGGAUGGCACUCCAAGAUGCUGUAGUUGUGAAAGAAUGGAGUUCACUCCAAUAUGGGUUGUUUAUCAGCCGAGGGAAUCAAGAUAUGUAUUACUAGAUGAUGGUCGUAAGCUCUGCUUGGAGUGCCUUGACUCUGCAGUGAUGGAUACGACAGAGUGCCAGCCUCUUUAUCUUGAAAUACAGGAAUUUUAUGAAGGUCUGAAUAUGAAAGUGGAACAGCAAGUCCCUCUGCUUCUGGUAGAAAGACAGGCUUUAAAUGAAGCCAUGGAAGGAGAGAAGACUGGCCACCACCAUCUUCCAGAAACAAGAGGCUUGUGCUUAUCGGAAGAACAGACUGUCAGCACGAUAUUGCGGAGACCAAGAAUGGCUGGAAACAAAAUUAUGGAAAUGAGAACAGAACCGUAUAGGCUGACACGUCGAUGUGAAGUGACUGCAAUCCUCAUUCUAUAUGGUCUCCCAAGAUUGUUGACAGGUUCAAUUUUAGCUCAUGAGAUGAUGCAUGCGUGGUUGCGGCUUAAAGGAUACCGUACACUUAGUCCAGAUAUAGAAGAGGGCAUAUGCCAGGUUCUUGCUCACAUGUGGAUUGAGUCAGAGAUCACCGCAGGAUCAGGCAGUAAUGCUGCGUCAACGUCCUCAUCAUCUACGUCUUCAAAAAAGGGUGGAAGAUCUCAGUUUGAGCGAAAGCUCGGUGAUUUUUUCAAGCACCAGAUUGAGUCGGAUACCUCCGUGGCCUAUGGAGACGGUUUCAGAGCCGGGAACCAGGCCGUUCUUCAGUACGGUCUAAAGCGCACCCUUGAACACAUCCGGCUCACAGGGACCUUGCCAUUUUGAAAAUGCCAGAGAGUGACCUUUCGGCGGAAGUUAUAUACCGAUUUGUCAUUGAGAGUCCAUUUACAGGAAAAAGAAAGGAAUUUUGAAACGCACAAAUUGUACAAACAGUAUAUUAGAUGAAUUGAAAUGGCUAGCCUGACCAAUCUCUUGUAUGGAGACCAAAGUUGAAAUGGAGACGCUGGUAUUUGUUGCCUGGCACUAAAAGUUAAUAAAGAAAAUACACGCUUUGUUCAGUUUA